CUGAAGAUGAAGGCUACGGGCGUUAAACCACCUCCUCUGGAGCAGGAAGAAGACUGUGUUAAUUGCACAGAUGAGUGCAGAGUCCUAGGCCACUCCGACCGUUGCUGGAUGCCGCAAUUCCCAGCGGGAGGGGCGGGAGGUGGAGGAGCCAACCAGGCAGAGGGUGUGGACUACCGCAACAACAUGUUCGUCCCCGCGGGGAUGGAGGCUGCCAUGGAGACCACAGAAACCUACGAGACCGUCAACCCCAACGGGAAGAAGACCUUCUGCACCUUCGGGAAGGAGCGUCGGGACCACACCAUUUUAGUGGCUAACGUCAAGCCUUACCUGAAGGCCAAGAGAGCCCUCUCUCCGCUUCUCCAGGAGGUCCCCUCAGCCUCCAACUCCCCCACUAAAGGCUGCUCCUCCUCCUCCAACAACUCCCCCUGCGCCUCCUCCACUAAAUCCCCCGCAGACGGAGCCGAGACGAAACCCACCCCCAGCCACUAUUGCUCAGGCCCCCCCGACGGGCAGUACCACUCCCCCAACAAACAGAGCAGAGACCCAGGCCUCCUCCACCACCACAACCCCCAUGGCCCAGCCUACCCUUCUCUCUCCUGCGACCCGGUGGCCAAGGUUCUAGCGGAGGCCCGGUCCCGGAUCAGCCAGGAGGCUGGGGUGGGGGUCAGGGCGGGAACAGAUAUGGACUGUGUUCUGGAAAUGGAAGGGGGGAUCCACGGAGGGGGGGAGCUGGGGCGGGACGGGGUCGAUGCAGACCAGGUGGUCAGAGACAUCGACAAACUGCUGCAGGACUGCAGAGGCAGCGAGACAGCCACCGGCACUCUCAGAAGAAAGUGAUAGACAGGGUAGAAAGAGAGAGAGAGAGAGAGAGGGAUGAAGGGAUGGUGGGAGGAUGGAUACUCUCCACCUUUAAGACUGCCACAGCCAUCUAAACAAACAAACAGAACACUGCUGACCGUCACAUGACCUUAUCUUUGACCUCAACUUGGAACUAUGGAAGGAAGGACCACGUGUUGGACUUUUUCCCUGUCAAUAUCGCCAGGGUACGUUUUCAAAAGAAAAGAAAAAUAAAGAAAGACUGAAGGACUGAAACAUGGACAGCUGAAUUCAGGACUGAAACAUGGACAGCUGAAUUCAGGACUGAAACAUGGACAGCUGAAUUCAGGACUGAAACUUGGACAGCUGAAUUCAAGCCUGAUACAUGGACAUCUGAAUUCAGGACUGAAACUUGGACAGCUGAAUUCAAGCCUGAAACAUGGGCAGCUGAAUUCAGGACUGAAACAUGGACAGUUGAAUUCAGGCCUGAAACAUGGACAGCUGAAUUCAGGACUGAAACAUGGACAGCUGAAUUCUGUUGAACUUCUUUGACUCUUUUUUUGGAUUCUUUGGGAAUGACAGAAUGCUGGGCAGCUUCUGUCUGGCUCCCUGCAAGCUUUUAAUCCAAGUGGCAACCAGCUCAUUGUUAGUGUGUGUUCAUGCUGUUUCCUUUGCCAGAACAAGCCUACACAUCCGUGUGUGUGUGUGUGUGUGUGUGUGUGUGUGUUGCUUACGUGUAGUGUGGUCGCAGCCAUUGGCUUAUCGGAGGAUUAUUAUAAUGGUCUAUCGUGACAAUCGGAGGACAGAUCCUGAGACGCAGAGACCGGAGCAGACAGAGUUGGUCGACAGCAGAAAGAGACCAACACUUUUCUGAACUUUGUAAUAUUGAUGUUUAAAGUGCAAAAGGAGACAGUAUCUUAAACAGGUGGGUCAUUCAGGGGUCUGGGAC